GGGAGGCGGGCGGCAGGUGACGGACGCCCCGGGCCGGGGGAAGCUCCGGGCGAGCGGCGGGCCUAAGUGACGGACGGGCUGCCGUGGGACGCGAGCGGACCAGAGGGGCCCCGUCCACUUGGGCGAGUCGUCUUUUUUUUUUUUUUUUUUUCCCGGCUGCUCGCCGUUGGAAGCUCGUCCCGCCCGCCGGAGCCGGGGACUCGCGAGCGCGGCGUAUAGGAAGGAGAAGGCGCGGCGUGCGUGCCGGCCGGCCGUGCUCGGUCGCCGGGGCAAGGCUUAGACUAAGCGAGGAGAGGAGCAGGCCUGAACCUUCCCGGGCCUCGGGCCGGGACCCGAGGAGGAUGAGCUGGCUCUUUCCCCUGGCCAAGAGCGCGUCCUCCUCCGCCGCCGCCGGGUCCCCCGCCGGCCUCACCAGUCUCCAGCAGCAGAAGCAGCGGCUGAUCGAGUCGCUCCGGAACUCCCAUGCCAGUAUAGCUGAAAUACAAAAAGAUGUAGAAUACAGAUUGCCAUUCACAGUAAACAACCUGACAAUUAACAUUAAUAUAUUACUUCCGCCACAGUUUCCUCAGGAAAAACCAGUGAUUAGUGUUUAUCCACCAAUAAGACAUCACUUAAUGGAUAAUCAAGGACUAUAUGUUACCUCUCCAUUAGUAAACAAUUUUACCAUGCACUCAGAUCUUGGAAAAAUUAUUCAAAGUCUUUUGGAUGAGUUCUGGAAGAAUCCUCCAGUUUUAGCUCCUACUUCAACAGCAUUUCCAUACCUAUAUAGUAAUCCAGGUGGGAUGCCUCCUUACCCUUCUCAAGGUUUUCCAUUUCUUCCUCCGUAUCCUCCACAAGAAGCUAACAGGAGUAUCACAUCUUUGUCUGUAGCUGACACUGUUUCUUCUUCAACCACAAGUUAUACCACAGCCAAGCCAGUGGCUCCUUCAUUUGGCAUCCUUUCCAGUCUGCCACUACCUGUUCCCACGACAGAAUCUUCAGCACAGAUUAACCAAAAUGGUUUUGGUUAUAAGAUGCCGGAUAUCCCUGAUGCAUUUCCAGAACUUUCAGAACUAAGUGUCUCGCAGCUCACAGACAUGAAUGAACAAGAGGAGGUGUUACUAGAACAGUUCCUAAUGUUGCCUCAACUAAAGCAAAUUAUUACUGACAAGGAAGACCUAGUAAAAAGUAUCGAGGACUUAGCAAGAAAUAAUCUCCUUUUGGAGCACACUUUGGAAACCAAAAGGCAAACUGUUUUAGAUAAGUAUGAAUUACUUAUCCAAAUGAAAUCUACCUUUGAAAAGAAGAUGCAAAGACAGCAUGAACUCAGUGAGAGUUGUAGUGCAAGUGCCCUACAGGCAAGAUUGAAAGUAGCUGCACAUGAAGCUGAGGAAGAGUCCGAUAAUAUUGCUGAAGAUUUCUUGGAGGGAAAAACUGAAAUCGAUGAUUUUCUCAGUAGCUUCAAGGAAAAGAGAACAAUUUGCCACUGUAGAAGAGCUAAAGAAGAGAAGCUUCACCAGGUGAUUGCAAUGCACAGCCAAUUUCAUGCUCCUCUAUAGAUUUUCCUGAAAACAUGAAUCAAGAAAGAAAUGGGACACAAAACUAAGCACAUUGUUUUAUAUUUGUGACUUAUGAAUUGGCAUUUCAUGACCAUGGCUGAAAUCCAGAUGCACUCUAUAGAUUGUAUACACGACUGAGACAUUUUGUAUAGAUUAGAAUGAUUGCUAUAUUUGUUUUGAGCAAUUUUUCUGCACUAUUUGCACUAAAAAUGUUUAUUGUUGACAAAUCCUGUAUUUAAGUUCCUCUGCUAUUCCUGAUUAAACAUCUAUGCAUGUAAUUCUAGCUAGUUUUUAAUAUUUUAUAAAACUACUGAUUAACAUUUGUAGUUUUAACUUGAUGCUGCCUCAUUUCUUUAUCAAGAAUAGUUAUAACUUAGAUUCUUUUCCUGUCAGCCUUGGAAAAGACCACACACACACACACACACACACACACACACACACACACACACACAAACAAAUACAUACCCCUCCUUUCUUUCUAGAUGAUAAAACUGUCCAAGGCAGUUGGUUUCAGAUAUUCAGUGUCAGGAGACCCCAGUCCUGCCAGUGUUCCAUCUCAAGAAAGCAACCUGUAAUAUCUGCAGUAAAUGAGAGUGGAGAAGCUGCUAUCUUACAGUUUGAUUUUCAAACUCAAGAUGCAUUUAGGGAGCUACACUGGUUAAUAUGCUGGUUUUGUUUUGUUCUGGAACAGGGUCUCACUGUGUAGCCCAGGCUGACCUCAAAAUUGUGACCCUCUCACAUGAGUAUUGGGAUUACAGGCAGGUGCCACUAACCUGGUAAAUACUUUUACUUAAAAACUGCCUUUUCACUUAAACCAGUCCCAUAUGGACUUUCAUGCUAAUUAAAAAAUAACUGUCUUUGGGUUUUUAGUUAAAUAUAUUUUUUAUAUUCCAAAUGUUUAAAAUGUCCUUUUGUUAAAAGAUGGUAAAUCUAGACCUAAAAAGUCAGUGAAAUUUUAAUACUUACUCUAACUUAAUCUUUUCCUAAAAUUAAUUUUUCCUAAGAAAAGCUUUGUAACAAGUAAUACUCAGUCUUACUUUUUAAUGAAUUUGAUUUUCUAAUUUGUACUUGCAUUCAGCAAUUUGUUUCUGUAUUGUUUCACAGAAUGAACCUAUUAAAGUACAUAAAGGAGAAAUGAAUAUCUACAUAUCUGAGGUUUAGUAAGUUAGGGUCUAAAUCACUAAAUACCUAACUCUGAUUUGUUCAAUUGUCAUUCCAAAGCCUGCAUACAUUACAGAUUGUCUUGUCUUCAUUCUCCUUACUCUACAUGACUUUGAUAAUAACAUUUUAGGAAAAACACAAAUAUUUUCUUAUUGGAAAAUAUUUCAUGUUUGUUGAAGGCAUAUUCACAUGGACUAUAGCGAUCCAAUGUGGCUGUACACCGUUAUAACUGCCUGUCUUCCUGUCACUAUUGCUAAGGGCAUGCUAUUUAAUCCUCAGAAUGGCCAGAUGAAGGGUAAACUUGUUAUUCCUGAUAAGGAUGUGUAGGUGAGAUAACUGAUAAGAGUGUUUAUCAAUUUUGUGACCAACUUGGGGGCAUUCAGAGAUGUCUCCUUACUUCACUGGUGUUGGAGUGGAACAUCACCAACUACAUUCACUGUAGUUGGUAGAGAAUUUAUCAGUCUCAGGCUAAUUGCUUUUAAAAACCAGGCAGAUCCUAGAACAAGACAGCAGACUGCAUACCUUCUACAAGGUUGAUUCAUGUAGUCUGUCUUAAUAAGCAUCUACUAAGAACCUCCAGCUCUGCAGAAAGGCUACCCAGAGGAGCCCAGUAUGGUCUCUGGUGUCUGUGCUUCUUUUCCUGACAUUUCACAUGCUGCACACACUGCACUGUUCACCAGAACACGCUGUUUAUACAGCCACGAUAGUAAUCCAGAGGGGUGUUUCUGUAUGCUUGUAUUAUCCAAGUUUCAUUGUCUGUCAGCUAAGGAAGCAGAAUUUAUCCUUCAAAAUUCAGAGACCCUCUUUAGAAUCCAAACAUUAGACAGACCUUGACCAGUUACCUGCUUUUAACAAAGUUGACACACUUGUUCAGAUGGCCAUAUUUCUUCUUUGUAUAAGUUGGCUACAGAUAUGAAUACCAAAGAAGAUGUAAUGACUACUUUAUAAUAAAGAAGGCCUAGGAUUAGACUACCUCCAAUACAAUUUGUCAUGAUAGUACCAAGUCAAUGAAAUAAUAAUAGUAAAGGCAUCUAUUUCAGUGUUGGGUGAAAAUUUCAGAAUAAAUUAACAUUAGGGAAUUAAUGUCAGAAUACAGAACAGAGGUUGUUUGACUACAGUUUACAUAUUGAAAGACAGAUAAGAUUGUGUUGAACUAGUUUUUUGUUUGUUUGUUUAAGGCAGGUUUAAGUCUCUGAGACUACCCUCUUAACUUGCUGUGUAGCUGAAGAUGACCAUGACACUCUGAUCUUCCAGACCCCCGAGUACUAGAAUCAUAAGCAGGUAUCAGCAAGCCCAGUUUAUGUGGUGCUUAGGAUUGAACUCAGGGCUUCAAGCAUAUGCGGCAGGCACUCUCCCAGCUGAGUUCUCUUCAAGAAUGAAAAUUUGUACUGGCUGAGGGGCUCAGUGCUAACCGCUUUGUCAUGCAAGCAUGAAGACCCGGGUUCAGAUCCUCGGAACCUGUAUAAAAACCUGGUGCAUGGUAGAACAGUCUGUGAUUCUUUCUUCUACACAAGAGAGGAGGCUGAGAAUCAUUCCGGAAGCUUUGCAGACCAGUUUGUAUGGUGGACAGAAUAGUGGCAAACGAGACCUUGCUGCACACAGGGUGGAAGGGAAGGACGAUACCUGCUCUGUUCUCUCACUUCAGCACUGGAGCAGAGUUGUGCACACAUGUGUGCACACACAUGUGCAAAUUUAAUUUUAAAAAAUUGCUUGAAGGUUAGUUUAUUUUCCUUAUUUUUAAUUUAAGUUUGUCAAUUGACUUGUUCAAACAUGAUCAAAAUUUUUUUCCUUUUUCAUAUCCAGUUUAGUAUUACUAAAAGUAACAAGUCAUUUGACUUGUAUCGAUUACUGGUUGGGAAGUACUGUGUCUUCAAUCAGUUAUAUACUGAAGUAUUCCCUGAAGUGUUACCUUAAAUAAUAAAAUGCUUCAUGACUGAAGCUUGAUUUAGAAUGAACAUGUAGUACUAGAGGUUUUAGUCUUGUUGAAUUGACCACGGUUUGUCCAGGCCCCUGGAAAGAGAGGCAGUAAAUUUGUAUGUAGUUUCAGUGCUAGGUUAACUUGUACAAAAGACUUGGUGAACACAUGCUCACAUUAUGUUUUGUAAAAGGAUGAGGGGAACAAAAAGUGUGUGGCUCUGAUGUUGAAGCUGCCACGUUAAAAAGUUAAAAUUUAAAAUAUACGAUUUGAUUUUCCAAAUGUAUUAUCCAGUUUGACACAGAUGCUGGCUUUUCUUUUUUCCUUUCUUCCCUUCUUUCUUUCUUUUUUUUUUUUAAUAGAUUGUCUGCUAUAAGAAAUUAGGUAACAGUGUUUCUUAAAAAUGGUAAAAAAGCCAGGCAUGAUGACACACACCUUUAAUUUCAAUACAUAAGAGGCAAAGGCAGAAAGAUCCCUGAGUUUGAGGGUAUCCAGAACUACAUAGUCAGAUGCUGCCUCCUCCCAAGAAAAAAGAAAGAAAGAAAGUCAUGUUAUAAAGCUGUAAAAGCCAGUCUCACUAUAUCCCAUGUGUUUAUUAGAUAUUAGACUAUGAGCUAAGACUACAAAAAAAUGACUAAAUAUUCCUUAUGCUUAAUUGGGGAAUUUCUCAACAGAAAAUACUCAGAUUUAACAUCUAAAAGAAUUAUACUUGCUUUAUUUUUAUAUUAACAAUAUUUUUAUAUUACAGGCCUUUAGUAUAUUAAAGUCAUCUUUAAAUGUGAACACUAUUAUACUGUAUUACAUUAUGUGUAUAACCCACACUAGAGGUUUUCGAAGUCUCUUGUCCUUUCUUAAUGUAUUUCUAUUUCCACAAAAUUGAAUACAUUAUCUGAUAGAAAUUUUCACAUUUUAAAAUACUGUUAUAAAAACUAAGAUUAAAUUUA